UUCAAUAUGAUAGUUUAAUUUUAUUCGUACAAUUGAAAAGUUCGCAUAAUAUUAGGAAAAUAAAUUUAACUAAGCUGCAAAUUUACCAUAGCAAAUAAGGAAGCUCACAACAUUUUCCGGCUAUUGUUCACCUUGAAAAUAAGGCGCUUACUCAAAGUGCUCUGUAGCCACUACUAUGCCGGAUAGAUUUCAAGUUACAAAAACAGACGAAGAGACUGUAUUGGAUUAUCUUCAGGAUGAAUCAGCGAGUGGAAAGCUUCUAGGAGAUACUCAUGAUGAUUUACAAGAUUCACGCGAUGUCCACAGUGCAGAGGAGAAUCAGAAAUCAACAAUCGACCCAAAUUUGUACCUAUAUGACGAUGAUCUGGAGACUAGGCCACACAUUUCAACAUUCAUUUCAUCAAUUGCCAAUUAUGAAAAUACGAUACCAGCUGCCACCGAUCCCGAUGCUAAGCCAUCGCCACCAUCAGCUCGAAUGGGCACCUUAAUUGGAGUCUUCUUGCCAUGCAUUCAGAAUAUAUUUGGUGUAAUAUUGUUCAUUCGAUUAACAUGGGUUGUUGGCACUGCUGGCGCUGUUUGUGGAUUCUUGAUUGUUCUGACCUGCUGUUGUGUGACGAUGCUUACCGCGAUUUCCAUGUCAGCGAUUGCAACGAAUGGAGUUGUGCCGGCGGGUGGAAGUUACUUUAUGAUAUCACGAUCACUUGGUCCUGAAUUUGGCGGAGCUGUGGGGAUGUUGUUUUAUACGGGGACAACGUUGGCAGCGGCAAUGUAUAUUGUUGGUGCCGUUGAAAUCGUAUUGACAUAUAUGGCACCAUGGGCAUCUAUAUUUGGAGAUUUCACCAAGGAUGCCGAGGCCAUGUACAACAACUUCAGAGUCUAUGGCACAAUAUUGCUUUUAUUCAUGGGCAUGAUUGUAUUCCUGGGAGUCAAAUUUGUCAACAAGUUCGCAACGGUUGCCCUGGCAUGUGUAAUAUUUUCCAUAAUUGCUGUCUAUGUUGGAAUUUUCGACAAUAUUCACGGCAAUGAAAAGUUAUAUCUAUGCGUGCUGGGAAAGCGUGUCCUGAAAGACAUUCCAAUCGAGAACUGUACAAAGGAGGAUCCCCUGCUAUUCGACUUGUAUUGUCCGGAUCAUAAAUGCGACGAUUAUUACCAAAACAACAAUGUGACCAGAGUAAAAGGCAUUAAGGGACUGGCCAGUGGAGUCUUCUACGACAAUAUAUGGCCGUCGUUUUUGGAAAAAGGACAAUUUAUAGCAUAUGGUCAGAAUUCGGUCGAUAUUGAGAAUCUUGGCGGUCAGUCGUACAAUCAAAUUAUGGCCGAUAUAACGACAACUUUCACGCUGCUCAUUGGCAUAUUCUUUCCCUCAGUCACGGGCAUUAUGGCUGGCUCUAAUCGAUCGGGAGAUCUUGCUGAUGCCCAAAAGAGUAUUCCCAUUGGUACAAUUUGUGCUAUUUUAACAACCAGUACUGUCUAUUUAUCAAGUGUUCUAUUUUUCGCGGGAACUGUUGAUAAUCUUUUACUGCGAGACAAAUUUGGUCAAUCGAUUGGUGGCAAAUUGGUUGUGGCUAAUAUUGCGUGGCCUAAUCAGUGGGUGAUAUUAAUUGGCUCAUUUUUAUCUACCCUGGGAGCCGGACUACAGAGCUUGACGGGCGCACCACGCUUACUGCAAGCCAUCGCUAAGGAUGAGAUUAUACCAUUUUUGGCCCCGUUCGCGAAGUCUUCUAAGCGCGGAGAGCCUGUGAGAGCUCUUCUUUUAACCAUUGUUAUCUGUCAAUGUGGCAUUUUACUAGGAAACGUUGAUCUUUUGGCGCCUUUGCUGUCAAUGUUUUUCCUCAUGUGCUACGGCUUUGUUAACUUGGCCUGCGCCGUGCAAACUUUGCUAAGAACGCCGAAUUGGAGACCACGCUUCAAAUUCUAUCACUGGAGUUUAUCCUUGUUGGGACUUACACUGUGCAUAUCAGUUAUGAUCAUGACAUCGUGGUACUUUGCACUAAUUGCCAUUAGCAUGGCAAUUGUUAUAUACAAAUACAUCGAAUAUCGAGGUGCCGAAAAGGAAUGGGGCGAUGGAAUUCGCGGCAUGGCGCUAACUGCGGCAAGAUACUCACUACAGCGCCUAGAAGAAGGCCCACCGCAUACGAAAAAUUGGCGUCCACAAAUUUUGGUGCUAUCGAAACUUAAUGACAACCUAAUACCAAAGUAUAGGAAAAUCUUCUCCUUUGCCACUCAAUUGAAGGCUGGCAAGGGUCUGACAAUUUGUGUGUCUGUGAUAAAAGGUGAUCACACAAAAAUCUCUAAUAAGGCAGUUGAUGCAAAGACAACACUUCGCAAAUACAUGACGGAUGAGAAGGUUAAAGGAUUUUGUGAUGUUCUCGUUGCCCAGGAAAUUGGCGAGGGCCUCAGUUCAGUCAUUCAGACAAUUGGCCUUGGAGGCAUGAAGCCAAACACCGUGAUCAUUGGCUGGCCGUACAGCUGGAGACAAGAAGGUCGUUAUAGCUGGAAGACUUUUAUUCAAACAGUGCGAACUGUGGCCGCCUGUCAUAUGGCAUUGAUAGUGCCCAAGGGAAUCAAUUUCUAUCCCGAGUCGAAUCACAAAAUUGGUGGAAACAUUGAUAUCUGGUGGAUUGUCCAUGACGGAGGUCUGCUAAUGCUGCUGCCUUUCCUGCUGAAACAGCACAGAACAUGGCGCAAUUGCAAACUUCGCAUUUUCACGGUUGCUCAAAUCGAAGACAAUUCGAUUCAAAUGAAGAAAGAUUUGAAGACAUUCCUUUACCAUCUGCGAAUUGAGGCAGAUGUUGAAGUGGUUGAAAUGAAUAAUAGCGAUAUUUCGGCUUAUACCUAUGAGAGAACUCUCAUGAUGGAACAGCGCAAUCAAAUGCUAAGGGCAUUAGGCUUAAACAAAAAAGAGAACUCCAAAGUAGUUCAAACUAUAAUGGAUUUUAAGGAAACACCCAGUGAUAAUAAGUUAUCUUUGGUUCAAACAAUUGUAGACCACCAUUACGACGCCAUUAAAACAGCGUCGAAAGUUCGGUUUGCCGAUCCUACCAUAGAAGAAAUACAACAUCACGACUCUCACAAUGAGGAAAAACGCAAUUCAAUUGAUUCAGAUGGUCCGGAAAGUUCGGAAACACCUGACAUUACUUCUAACAAGGAUGAGUCAACUGAGAAAGCUGACGAAAACUUAAAAUCGAGUGUGAAACCAGAUGAAUUCAAUGUUCGUCGAAUGCACACGGCAAUAAAACUAAAUGAAGUUAUAGUAGAAAAAUCACAAGAUGCCCAAUUGGUCAUAAUGAAUUUACCAGGUCCCCCGAGGGAAGUGAGAGCGGAACGUGAAAGCAAUUAUAUGGAAUUCCUGGAAGUUUUAACAGAGGGUCUUGAAAAAGUAUUAAUGGUUCGUGGAGGAGGUCGUGAAGUAAUAACAAUUUACUCUUAAGAGCAUUAAUCGCUCGGUUUUUAAGAGUUCGCAACAUUAGACAAGUUUAAGAAUCAAUCAAAUUUUUGAAUGAAGGUUAUUAUUAAUUUGUUAUAUUAAAUCAUAUGUCCAAAUAUUUUAUUUUUACGUAAAUAAAAUAU